AUGAAGGUCCAGAUAUCUGCCCUCGUCAAUCUGGUCGCAUUAAGCCUGACCGGUGUCGCAAAUGCGGCUUGCGAAGGUUAUGCUCUUGGUGUGACUGAGCCUCAUGAUCUCGGGGGUGGCAUGGCGCAGUACAAGGUCUAUGACAGCAGCUGCGCUUUGAGCCAGGACCUCACAAUCAACUCCACAAUCGGGCAUUGCGACUCGCAAUACUUCGUCUGCAAGCCUCUGACAACAGAGAUCUAUGCAUAUGAUGAUCCUGUAACCGGGCUGGCAUAUAAUUGUGUCGAUAACCCCGAAACCUCAGAGACUUGCGAGGAGGAAGAGAUCAGCCUUUGCUGCAGCCUUGGCUACCCACCUGAUUCAGACGACCCAAUCUACAAUCGAUGA